AUUUUAUCUAUUGUCCAUGAAUUAUAAUAUUAAUACAGAUAGUAAUGAUAUUAUACAGAAGAAUCUGUUCUUACAGGAGGGGCUCUAACUUUUAAGCUCCAUAUAUUCUUCUGGUGUGCGCGAUAUUAACCCCUGUCAGUCUGAACCGUAUGAAAUCACUGCAGCCGACACCAUAGAUAUCAUUGUAUGAGCCCUAACAAAAAAUGCGCAAGUCAUGGCGAUAGUCAAUCCUUUAUUAUAUAGUAAAACAGGCCAAAAAUAAAAGCACAAUAUAUCACAUUUUACCUUAAUUUUUAGUGUAUACAAAGGUUAUUUCCAUUGAUGGUGAAUUAUAGAGACGCUAUCACUUUAAAUGGAGUCCAGUGACAUCAUCACUGCAGGUUAUAUAAUCCAGCGCCGACCGGUUUCUGAUGAGAGUUGGAGUUGGUAAGUAUAAGAUGUUCUCUCCUUCUGGGGAUUUUUUUUUAUUAUUUUCUGCAUAUUUUCAGUACAUUUUCUCACUGUAAUGAUUUAUUUUCUAUGAUUUUAGGAGAUAUUUGCGAUUUGUUUUUGAUAAAAAUCUUUUUGAGCCGAGGAGAAGGAGGAGCUUGGUGAAGGAGGAGUUUGGAGGAGGAGAACCACAGCGAGGACGUGGACAUGGACCGGCCCCCAGAGGACAUCGACUUUAUUCGAUUUUACCUGAUGCAGGGACCACCUGGAUUGAGACCGCCACCUGGACUGAGACCACCACCAGGACUGAGAGCACCGCCCGGACUGCCACCACCACCCGGAGUGGCCCCACCUGGACUGACACCACCGGGAUUGAGACCGCCACCUGGACUUAGACCACCACCAGGAUUGCCACAACCACCUGGACUGACACCACCGGGUUUGCGACCACCGCCUGGACUGACACUACCUGCCGUGAGACCACCACCCGGAUUGACACCACCUGGACUGCAAGGACCACCCAGACUGACACCGCCAGCAGCGUGGCCCCCGGAGAUGGAGCGCCUUCCCAAAGACCAGGAAGAAGAAUGCCAUGAUGUCUCCUGGAUGAUGGCUUCGGCACUACUGGCAUCUUUUAUUUACACAGGAGGAGCUGAGACCAAAGAUGUGCCAGACGCGGAGCCAGAGGACCAGCCGGAGGAGAACGACCGGGAGUGCGCGGAGCCAGAGGAGGACCACCUGGAGUACGCAGAGCCGGAGGAGGAUGACCGGGAGUGUGCGGAGCCAGAGGAGGACCACCUGGAGCACGCAGAGCCAGAGGAGGACAACCGGGAGUGUGCGGAGCCAGAGGAGGACCACCUGGAGUGCGCAGAAUCGGAGGAGGACCAUCUGAUGUUUGACGAGCUGGAGGAGGACCAUCUCGAGUACGCGGAGCUGGAGUACCCAGAGCCAGAGGAGGACUAUCUGAUGUAUGUCGAUUUGGAGGAGGACCAUCUGAUGUAUGUCGAUUCGGAGGAGGAGCUGUUCCCUGACCAGCACGAGCUGUUUGAAUGUCUGGAUGAGUGGCGCGACCGGACGAGACCGUUCUGGAUCGAGAUCACCCAGCGCUACGAUGACGACCAGGAUGAUGACGAUGACGGGCCGAUCUUUAUGAAGCUGGAUGACGGGAUAAGGCUCCCGGAUUUCCCCGUAAGUGAUCAGCAGCCGAUCCUAUACCAGGUCACCUGUCUCUAUGCUCUGCUUACUCUCUGUUCUCUAUUCCAGGCCCCAGGGACUGUUGUGGAGGAGGAAGAACCAGCAGCCGCAGCCAGCACCGAUGGAGACCAGAGGGAAGAAGAUGCUCCGGUCCAGAUCAGCAGGAGGACCAUCCUAUCCAGGCUGAGGGCGCUGUUCAGCUGCUGCUGGGGCACAGAAGACCAGUAAAAGGUAACACCACGCCAUCAGGAGGAGGAGGAGGAGAAGAAAACUCAAUUUCCACCUGGAGUUAGAGGAGGGGGUGCCCAUAACAUCUAGA